UUCAAAGGAAUAAUCGAGAAUUAUGAUUUUUGUCAUAAUCGUGCAGCCCUACUAGAGAGCAAGGUGGCCGAUAUAUGAUAUGCAGUGCAAUUUAAUUAUAGCAAAUGUGUCAUACACAAUAUUGCUGACAUAUUGUUGAACAAUGUGGAAAAAUGAAUCCUCUCUCUUUCCAGGUCAAGGUGGUCACGCAUACUUAAAAGAAGGGCUUUGGUGGGCUGGCUUGUUAUCAAUGGGAGCCGGCGAAGCUGCCAAUUUCGCUGCAUACGCCUUCGCUCCCGCCACCCUCGUCACUCCUCUCGGGGCUCUCAGCGUGCUAGUCAGUGCCGUUCUGUCCUCGUACUUCCUGACAGAGAGGCUGAACCUGCACGGGAAGCUUGGCUGUCUGCUCAGUAUCCUGGGCUCCACUACCAUGGUGAUACAUGCGCCUCAAGAGGAGGAGAUCGACAGCCUGGAAGACAUGGCCAAAAAACUGGUUGAUCCAGGCUUCGUGGUCUUCGCGACAGCUGUCAUCAUCAUAGCACUCGUCUUCAUCUUCGUAUUGGGCCCACGCCAUGGGCAAACCAACAUCCUGGUCUACAUCACCAUCUGCUCUGUGAUUGGUGCUCUGUCCGUCUCCUGCGUGAAGGGAUUGGGCAUCACCAUUAAGGAGGCCAUCGCUGGGAAGCCAGUGUUGCGAAACCCUUUGGCCUGGCUGCUGCUGCUGAGCCUGAUAGCUUGUGUUAGCACACAGAUCAACUACCUGAACAAAGCACUGGACAUCUUUAACACAUCCCUGGUGACGCCCAUCUAUUACGUCUUCUUCACCACCUCAGUGCUCUCCUGCUCUGCCAUAUUGUUCAAAGAAUGGGGACACAUGGGCACCGAUGACAUAAUCGGCACACUGAGCGGCUUCGUUACGAUUAUCGUGGGCAUCUUCCUGCUGCACGCCUUUAAGGACGUUAGCAUUAGCUUGGCGACAUUGGCCGUGUCCAUCAGGAAGGACGAGAGGAACGGCACUUUAUUAAAUGGCAUGGCAGCUCACAACCACUCCAAUUACGAGCUGCUACAUAACGACGGCACGGAGGACUUUGACGACAGAGAGUCAGGGUUGCCUUUCGACAGCGUCUCCAGAAGAAACGCCACUAUGACAGUCUCUUAGGUUCAAAGAGGAGCCGGUAUGCAGCAGCUCGUCUAUGAAAAUGUUCUGGCUGCUCUAUGGACAUUUAGCAUUUUUCUUUCCUUUUCAGAUAUGAGAUAAAACCUAAGACAAUCAGCUCUCAACGCAAAAAAACAAAGAUACAAAA